AGCAAUGUCUCCCUCCACACCUUUGUGUCUCUGUCUCUCUCACCAUUCCACGACAGUGGACAGAUGACACAAGUCACCUCCAGACGCUGAUGCGCCAGUCGUGCACCCGGCUGCCUCUCCCCCUCCCAGCACCCGUCGUCACGCCGACCCCUGCCCCAUCCACACGCCUCCGCGCGUUCGUGUUUGGAAGGGACGCACACGGACUGCCGACGGCACACGCGUCAAUGCCGCAGCCCUUGUCUCUCUUCUGCGACUCACCCAUGGCCACAACAGGCUGUUUUGCCGACGCGAAAUAAGUGGCGUGCGGCCGCUUCACGGUGGCCGGGCCGGCCGGGGGCCGAUACGGUGGGCGGGUGGAACGUCGAUGAAGGCCUCUUGCAUGACGUUGCUGCUGCUGCUGCUGCCGUUGGUGUAGGCGGAGGCACAAUGGCCGGCGGGGGGCUGCGAGAGCGGAUGCCGGGCAUGAGUGUGGCCGUGAGCCUGCUCUGCAGAGUUUCUUCUCGCUUCCUGGCCGCCUCCCUCUCCUCAUGCAGCAGCCUCUGUGUCGCUGAGCGCACCAGUGGGCCAUCUGGCAGCCGAGGCGCCUGCGGCACUAGCAGCUGCGCGGGAGGGGGCGGGGGCGCGAUGACAUGGCCAAAUCCUGGACGCGGCAGCGCCAAGAACGAGCGUGUGUGGUGACGGCGAUCUGGCAGAGGGCUGGGCAAUGGCAUCUUUGCCAAAGUGACGGUGGGUGGAGACGGGCUGCGGGCAGCGACCAGCCGAGGCGUGGCGAAGAGGGUGACUGGAUGAGGGAUAGGGGGAGGGGGAUGGACUGUCGUGUGGUAGGCGAGAGGAAGGGGUGACAUCCGCAGCCGCAACGAGGGAGGCGGCAGCGAAUGUGUCUUCCUCUCCGGCUUAUUUCUGUCUCGGCUGCUACCUCCACAGGCGGACGCGCAAGCCGCUCUCUUCUGGACCACGCCGUUCUUAUCCUCGUCUCCUUCGGACGAGGCAGCCGACAAGACACCCUGUGACUGCAUCUUGGGCGACAGCAGGUAGCUCAGCCUCCCCUGGGCCGGGUCGGGAUCUCGAGUGAAUGCGCAGCAGGGGCUGACUUCCUUUUGUCUCGCUGCCCGCUGUGUGUGGCGGAUCAUCAGAGGCGGCAUGCGUGUCUCGGGGGGCGGGGGCGCGGAGUACGGCCGGGGUUGAUGGAUGGGCACGAUGGUGGCGAUCUUGGCGCGCGUGAAGGGUGGACGGCCCUCUCGGCAUUUCGCGUCUCGCUCCUUGAUCGUCUUGAGCAGAGAGGCCAGCGACCGUGCGUCGGGGGAGCUGAUGUCGACGGAUGGCGCCGACACGACGCCUUGAGGCGAAUGGGUAAUGCGCUGUGUCUCCAGGCGGCGCUUGAGAGCUUCGUUGUAGGCCUCUAGAUCGGUCAGCUGUUCCUGUAGCUGCCGAUGCACAGCGGUGAGGGCUGAAACCUGCAAAGGAAAGAAGUACACGUGUCUCUGUGUGGGUGGUGUACUGUCUCCUCACCUCUUUGACAAGGUCUUCGUUCACGGUCUGCAAAUGCUGUCUCUCUUCGUCCGACAUAGGCGGCUUCAUGCCCUCGCCCUCCGCCAUGCCCACUGCAGCAGGCAGAUCCUUGAGGUAUUCCUCCAGCUUGUCCUUCUCCGCUUGAAGACCUUCGAACUCGCGCCGCUGUGCCUCGAGCUGAGAUUUGAGCUCCUGGUACUCCUGCAGCUUGGCCAUUAGCGACUGACACUCAGCCACAAGGGAAGUAUUGAUGCGCUCCAGCUCAGCAAUUCUCUCGAGCGUCUCGGCGGACGCCACCUCCCUCACUGUCGGCUCCAUGGCGUCGGUCUGCAUGGCUUCCUCACGCAGUGUGCGGGUCCUGACGAUCUCCUUUGGCCGGAUCUUGAGAGUGGACAAAGAGUCCUGGAAGUCACUCAACUUGCUCAAGACGAGACGCCACAUUGACUCGUUCCUAUCAGUCUGACGUUCCUGUGGCACUCCAGGAUCUCUGAUCUGCACCCGCCUUCUCUGCUCGAUGUCCGCCUCCUCCUCGACGCCAAGUUCCUCUCCACUGCCGAAACCGCCAGAGAUGCCGGAAGACCUGAUACGGCUGGGAGUGGCUGGCGGUGUUACGGAUGUGCCCAUUUCCUGUUGCUUGGGGUGGGCGGGCGCUGCUGCGGCUGCUGCUUGCGUGUCUGUGGGGGGUCCCUCUCCGUUUUCAUCCUCGGAUUCCUCCUCUGCUUGCAGCAGUUCGUCUUGUAGGGUGCGGGCCUUGUGCGGUCGAGGGGAGGGCUGGGCGGCGUCUGUUGUCUCCAUCAUUCCCUCCAGCUGGGCCAACUCGUUGGUGAGCUUCGCGGCCUUGGAAUUGUAAUCAUCUGACAGACAGACAGACAGACAGACACACGGACAAAGACAAACGAAGGUUGUCUGGUGAAUGAUUCAUGCUGUGAUGCUUUGCUUACCAAGGACGGAUUUGAGUGUGUUGAGCUCUUCUUGCAGCUGCAGGGCCUGCUGAUUGGCCUCGGCCCACCGCUGCUCCGCUCGCUUGACGUCGUCGGUCAUUUCGCGCUCCUUCGCCUCGAAGACAGCCUUGAGACGCUGCAGCUCCUCGGUGACCUCGUGUGCCUUCCGCUGCGCCUCCACCACCUCGGGACGCUUGCGAUCGAGGGCUCGCUCGUGCUCCUCCUUCAGAUCAGCGAUCUCCUGUACGUACACAAGCAUGUGUACAACAGAGAUGGAUGUUGUGUGGACCGGAGAGGAGUUGGUGUGUCCCUCAAUCUUCACGCGCCGACCUGUUGCAACUCGGUGUUCUUUCGCUUGGCGCUUUCCUCGCCCCGCUUGUGCUCGUUGACUUGCCGCUGUGAAGCGGCAAGCUCAGCCUCCUUCUCCUCAUACCGCUCCUGCAACCUCUUGUACUCUUCUGUGUCCAUCGUGUUGCUCAGCUUCCUCAAGUCCUGACACCGACCAACCAAAGGAAACGAACCAAAAAGAGCCAGCAGACUCGUGUCUCACUCGUGUGUGGCUUGUUGGAAUGCGCGAGUACCUCGUUGGCGUUUCGCAGCUGUUUCUGCAGCCGAUCGACCUCCUCCUGCAGUUCCUCGAUGAACUGCUGCUCGCCGACGCUCAUUCUCUGCCGAGAGCUGGUGGUCAGCGACCCUCUGCGAGAAGAAGGGCCUUUCUCUCUGGGCUCCUCCUCCUGACGUGCCUUGUCACUCUCGUCGUUCUCUGGCCCCUCCGAUAUCUCGUCGAGGCUUCCCAUUGAGAGUAGUCCGCUGUCCAUUGUCGCGAACGCACUCUUUCGUCGCUGCUGCGAGGACCGACCUGAGGCGUCAAGUCUCUGCCCGGGGCUGCGGUCCAUCGCUGAUACGUGAUUGGAAAGACGGCGCACCUGUUGGCGAAGCUGCUCAUUCUCAUUCAGCAGCUGCGCGCCGAUCUUGGCUGCCGUGACGAGCUCUUCAUUGGCAGCACCAGAGGCAGAGGCUGCCGACUCUCGGCGGCUUGCGGCUGACUCAGACGUGAAUGACUGCGAGAGGCCGCCGUGCGAAGCCCCGCUACCCUGCCGAGACAGCACACUGGUGAUAGCCCUGCGCAUGGCAUCAAGGUCGCUGUGGCCGCUGGAAUCCACGAAAGGGAAGGCGCCGCCGUGCUGACUGCUGGGGGACACGACCUCACUCGUCCCUGCCCCGAUGUCGCUGCCACUCCUUCCCAGACUCAGUCGAACACCCUUUCGCGGCGAGGGGCUGCCUGCUGUCGAGACGGUGAGGGGCUCUCGCUCAGAGGGGCUGAGGGUCGAUGGCCUGCCCUUCAACGCUCGCUCAGGGAGGAGACCCUCGAGAGUGGGGGGCACCACCUUGGGUGAGCCGACCGUGACGCGCUUGGGCCGAACGGAGUCAGAAGGAGCAGAUCCGCUGCUGCCGACGGAUGGCCUCCUUCCCCCCGCCUGAGACGACAACGACAAGCUGCCUCUCUGUCCGCGGCUGUUUUGCCGCUGUUGCUGUUGCUGUUGAGGUGUCCUCGUCCUUCGUUGCGAUGGUUCGCCGCCGAGCUCCAGUGUCAGCCCGCCCCUGCCAUUUCCCCUUCUGUGGGUUGGGCCAAGAUCCAUGGUUGCCUGUCGUCCGAGGCUCAGCGUCAGUCUUCCUCUGCCGCUCCGCUCUGCCAGUCCUGCUAGGCUUAGGAUAGGCGUUGGGGCGGACGCCUCGGGCGGGUGAUCGGGCGACUCGAGGCUCAGCAUGUGGUCAGUGCUCAUCCCGGGGAGAGCAGGGGAUGCCGCAAACGAAGACGCUCGAAAGAGAGAGCCGGCGCCCCUGCCUCUCCCACGCCCUCGACUGCUGUUGAAUUUGUUGUUGGCCGCAGGGGCCGACGCAUCGCGCAAACUCAUCAUGCUGGCUGUUGUGGUGGUUGCAAAGUUCGCCCGCUGCCUGAAGUCUUGAAGUCGCGAAAAGGGGGUCAACUGGGGGGCUGGAGAGAGGGUUUUGCGACAGCUGCUCUGUCACUCGCGAUUGCCGUACAAGCACCUACAACGGAAGGAAGAGAAGGAUG